CUCUCUCUCUGCCCCGGGCCCUUUUUUUUUUUCUUUGCAACACCUCCAUAAUAUUCUUCAACUCUCGCUUCCACAUUCAAUACUGGCCUGCCUUUUCAUAGUGUGCGGUCGAUCUAUACACCUCACCUUUCCCUUGCUGCUGUUGGAGGAGAGAAGCUGAUCUUUCUCUCUAUAUCUCCCGCAGCUCUCUCCUCCACAGAUUAAGGUCUGCAGAGAGACAAGAGUUAGGCUGUUCUACCUGAUCAUAUGCCCCUCCCGCAAUUCUUCCAGCCACAUACAAAUUGAAACAAAGAAUUGCUUGCACAUAUCCUGUGUGUCCUUUCCUCCAUUUUUUCUCCUCUUUCAUUUCAAUUUUGCAGCUUUUUAGAUAGAUAGAUAGAUAGCAGCAGUGGACAUAUCAUGGAGGAAACAAGCUAGCAGCAGCAGAGAGGAGAAAGGGGAAAAAAAAAUCCUUCAACGUAGUCUCUGCCGCUUCAACAGAGAUAAUCAGAUCUGCCCUCUUUGUGACCUUAAAGAGGUGAGGAUGAGCAAGCCUCCACUGACCACAUGCCCUUGCAGGAGAAAUCUGAGAAAACAAAAGCUUUAGUUUGCAGUCUUCUGGUCUUCUCUUGGUAACAGCUUGGUAGCCCCCCGGAAAAUGGCAUCCCCGUCGAGCACCAGCAACAACUCCGCCCUCUCCCCGGUGUCGGCGUCGGGGACGACGACGCCUGGUGCCGGGGCGCCGUGCGCGGCGUGCAAGUUCCUGCGGCGCAAGUGCCUGCCGGGGUGCGUGUUCGCGCCCUACUUCCCGCCGGAGGAGCCGCAGAAGUUCGCCAACGUGCACAAGGUGUUCGGCGCCAGCAACGUCACCAAGCUUCUCAACGAGCUGCUGCCGCACCAGCGGGAGGACGCCGUGAGCUCGCUCGCCUACGAGGCCGAGGCACGCGUCAAGGACCCCGUCUACGGCUGCGUCGGCGCCAUCUCCGUGCUCCAGCGCCAGGUCCACCGCCUCCAGAAGGAGCUCGACGCCGCGCACGCCGAGCUCCUCCGCUACGCCUGCGGCGACGUCGGCAUCCCCACCGCGCUGCCCGUCAGCGCCGCCCCCAGGCUCUCCACGGCAAUGCCGAGCCCCGGCCAGUUCGCAGCGUCCGCCACCACCGGCAUGUACAGCGGCCGGAGGCUGGGCCUCGUCGACGGCAUGGCGCCGCCGCCUCCGCCAGCCGGCUGCUACUUCAUGCGGAACAGCAACGUCAUCAGCAGCCCGCCGGGCGCUGACGUGGCGCCCGUGCUGCCUUACGCUUCCAUGGCUAAUUGGGCCGUGAAUGCCAUGAGCACCACCACGACCACCACCUCCGGAUCAGAGAGCAUUGGGUUGGAUCACAAGGAAGGUGGAGACAGCAGCAUGUGAAGCGCCAUGAAUAAUAUGAUUUGCCCCUUGUUAAGUAAGAUGCGGAGGGACAUGUGCUUCAGCCCCUUUGCCCUUGAUGAGCUGGGAGUGCUUACCGAAGGAAGCUUCGGGGAGAUAGCAGGGAGCCGAAUGCAACCUCAGGUUGAUUAAGAGCUAAGGAGCAAUCUACCUAUCUAUCUAUCUAUCUUUCGCCGACAUGAGUUCUAUAUAUAUCUGCAUCCCCUUUUUGCAUGUUGUGCAAACCAUACUUUGUACUAAAUGUAAUCGAAUCGAGAUCCUGCAUUGAUCUCUCUUCUUUCCAUGAUUAAUUCUUCGUUUUCGCAGGAUCCAUC